AUGCAAUAAAUUGAAAAUGAAGACAAGGAAACAAAGAAAGUGAUUGAAGAUCGGAAGUAAGUUCAGUGCGUAAACAAAAUAAAUAAUUAUUUUUUAUAAUUGGAUAAGUAAGAAAGCGAGAAUAAUAAAUGUGCAUUGUGCAAAAAGAAUAUUGGUUUACAUUGUUUUUAAAAAAAUAGAUGGAAUACAAAUGUCACACGAAAAGUAAUGUGAAUUUGGAAGUACUACAUAUUUGUGUGCAACGACCAAAUAAAAAGGAAUAGCAACAACGUCUACCAUUUUUGGUAGAGAAAGUGGUUAGGUCACUGAUGCCACCAGGAGACGUAUCGUAGACAACGGAGUAUUAUUCCUGUAACUGCAAACAUUUAAUUUGGAUGAAAUAAUUGCGCCGCGACUUGCCAGUCAAUCGUAACCAUGAGCAUACGCACAAGGGCACUAGUCUUUUCCACUUUUUUCGGUAGCUGCAUCGCAAUUGGGCUUUUAUUGGUCAGUUUGACUACGAAUCAUUGGGUGCGUGCUUACCCAAAACGCCUCAAUUCCACAGAUUCAAAAGGUGAUAUCAACUUUGGCUUAUUUUAUGGCAACAAGGAUCUCAACUAUGGAUUUGGUGUACGCACUACACCUAUUAUUGUUUACACAUUCGACCAAAACGGACCAGAAACAAUGAAUUUUUGGCUUUGGCUAAUCACGGCUUUGGGUACUGGCUUUGGUUUGCUUAGUUGUGCAAUAUCCGCCAUUGCAGCUGUGUUGAAAGCUGCAUCUGCGGCAAAACGUCCCGGAACUAUGGUACUACUAUUCGCUUCUAACAUUUCAGCAGCAGCAGCUCAAGUGAUCGCCUUCAUCUGCUGGCUUGUACAAUUCUAUCAAUACUUACAGCAGAAUGUUCUUGCUGUUCAGGACCGUAAUUGGUAUAGUCAUGGUUUAGCUUUUUUGGGUUACAGUUUCUACUUGGUAAUUGCCUCUACACUUGUUGUUAUAUUAAAUAUUUUCAUAUUGUUGCAUGCCAAACGUUGUGAGCACCGCGACCGCCAACGACUGGAUCCACCUAGCGAAGAAAAAAAUCAAAGCGCCAUAAUGCUGUACUAAGAGUUUACCUUAAAUCGUAAUAGAACAAAUUGUUUAGAUUAAAACGAACUGAUGUUAAUUCGUUAAAGGCUGGUGUAUCUGUCUAUAUCAUAAUUCUCAAAACGCAAAUGUUUAUACACAAAAAUGUAAUUUCCUCAAACAGUUUUUUUUUUUUUUAGUUAUUAAAAAGUAAUGGUAAAUAUAACAUAUUUGUAAGGGAAACCAACUGCUCAGGCUUUCGCCCUAAAAAUUAUUUUAUCUUUAUUUAUGUAAUGUACAUAUUCCAAAAGUAAGGAAAGUACAUACAUAUUUCAAAAAGCACAACAUUUUGUGCAAUUAUGUA